UCUUCACGGGGCUCAUUUCAUUCCGUCAAUUGAUUGAAUUCAGAGUUUGUCUCCUGAUUGUCAACUAAGGAUUUCGCCAUAAAAUCGGAUCGAGAAGGAUCCGAUUCUUGCCGUGUUAUUAUUGUGAAGUCGACCGGCUGGUCGCGCUGAUAUUCAAAAGACAUGGCAGGAAAGGUGGAGACUGCGCGAGAAGAAGGUACUGCGGUGGAGAACAGCCUCCUCAUAAAAGGGAGUCUGGACAUAGAGGCCACUUUGCGAGAUUCCGAUCUGCCCGAGAAAGAUCGACUGAAGCUCAAAACUUUGCGAGACCAGCUCUUAGCCCAGGACAUCGCGAAACAUCGAAGAAAAAAACUGUGGAAGGAGGUCGAUUGGGUAAUCAAUCGUAAGCGGCGGAAUGAUCAAAAAAAGCAAGAGCGGAAGAAACGCCGCCUCGAGAUCCGAACGGGGGUCCGAGAACCUUCACAGAAGAGGGCUAAAAUCGUGAGGAUGGCUGACAGCGACUGCAAAAUCAAAGUUGCUCUAGACCUUAGUCUACACGAUCUCAUGACUGAAGCUGAAAGGACCAAAACCGGUAAACAGGUUCAAAGGUGCUAUGCCAUCAAUCGACGGAUGGAACAGCCGCUCCGAUUGUAUCUGACGGGCCUCCGCGACGCUGAAGCAAUGACGAAAAACCUUUUCGGCUUCGAGAAUUGGGACGUCUUCCGUGCCGAAGACGAUCACGUGUCUCAUUUUGGGAAGGAGAAAGUUGUUUACUUGACAGGGGAUUCCGAAGUCGAACUCGAAGAUUUUUCGGAAGACGAAGCUUACGUUAUUGGCGCAAUGGUCGAUCACAAUCGCCACAAGGGGCUAACUCUAAAAAGGGCUAUUGAGGCUGGAAUCCGUCACGCUCGACUGCCGUUGGAUAAAUACGUGGACAUGAAAUCAAGAAAAGUUUUGACGAUCGACCACUGCUUCCAAAUCGUGCUGAAUAGAGCGAACGGACUCAGCUGGCAAGAGUCGAUCAUGCGGGCUAUUCCGGCAAGGAAAGGGGCGCAGUUAAAGGAUGACGACGGCAAUGAGGGGGUCGAUGAGAAUGAGAAAGAGCACGACCAUGCGGACGACAGCGAUCCGGAUCUUGGCAAAGAAUCGGAUGAUGAAUGUCACGGAUCGUCUUGACAGACCAACAAUCGAUCCGUGGAUUCCGUCAAUAAAAAAGAUCUCCCCGACAUCUCCGGCGAAGGUCGCUCGCAUGCACCCCGCGAGAGAGCUACCUUCCUGCUUCAGUGAAGCUACCAAGCGUCAUCUGGGGCAGUCGUCAGUAGUCGCCAUUGUUGAAUGCCCUCGAUCGCACCAGGAGCGCUCCUUCCUCGGAGGACGUC